CCAUUUUUAAGUUUUGGAGACUUUCUGCGUCUUGCGCCUUUGGGAACUUCGUCUUCGUUGUUAGGGUAUAUAACUUUGCCGAUCAGUGGAGCAAACCCCCUUCCGGCGAAUUUCGAAUUUUGAUUCUGUUCGGUUGGGGAUUGAGAAGUAGUAUCAGAAGAUGAAGAUAUUCGUGAAGACUCUCAAAGGCACCAGCUUCGAAAUCGAAGUCAAGCCUGAAGACAAGGUUUCUGAAGUGAAGAAACAUAUAGAAACUGUUCAGGGUGCAGCUGUCUAUCCAGCUGCGCAACAAAUGCUUAUUCAUCAAGGGAAAGUUCUCAAAGAUGGUACUACCCUGGAGGAAAAUAAAGUGGUUGAAAACAGUUUUGUUGUGAUUAUGCUGUCGAAGAGUAAGAGCUCAUCUGGCGAGGGAUCUGCUAGUGCACCUUCAGUUAAGGCUCCUCAGACUAGUUCAGCUCCUACUCCUGCCCCUGUGUCAAUGGCCCCUCAAGCUCCUGCUGCAGCUACUUUGUCACCACCUCCUGCACCUGCGCCUGCUCCUGCACCUUCACCUUCACCUUCACCUUCACCUUCACCAGCUCCAGCUCCAGCUCCUGCUGUGUCAGGGUCUGCUGAUAUCUAUGGGCUGGCAGCAUCUAAUCUUGUUGCUGGGAACAACUUGGAGGGAACAAUUCAGCAGAUUCUUGAUAUGGGUGGUGGGAGCUGGGAUAGGGAUACUGUUGUCCGAGCCCUUCGCGCUGCUUACAACAACCCUGAGAGAGCUGUUGAAUACUUGUAUACAGGUAUCCCAGAGCAAGCUGAAGCCCCCCCUGUGGCUCGUGUGCCUGCCAGUGCUGCACAAGCUGGAAAUGCUCCAUCUGCAGCUCCACAAGCAGCACAACCUGCACCUGUUCCUCCAAGUGGACCUAAUGCUAAUCCUUUAGAUCUCUUUCCCCAGGGCCUCCCAAAUGUUGGUGCUGGUGCAGCUGGUGCUGGCAAUCUAGAUUUUCUGCGCAACAGUCAACAGUUCCAAGCAUUGCGAGGCAUGGUGCAGGCUAAUCCGCAAAUAUUGCAGCCUAUGCUUCAAGAGCUUGGGAAACAAAAUCCUCAUCUAAUGAGAUUGAUUCAAGAGCAUCAAGCUGACUUCCUUCGCCUGAUAAAUGAACCUGCGGAAGGUGGUGAGGGGAAUAUAUUAGGGCAGCUGGCUAAUGCCAUGCCGCAAACAGUAGCUGUCACCCCUGAGGAGCGCCAAGCCAUUGAACGUCUCGAAGCAAUGGGAUUUGAUCGAGCACUUGUUUUGGAGGUGUACUUUGCUUGUAACAAAAAUGAAGAAUUGGCUGCUAAUUACCUCUUAGAUCAUAUGCAUGAGUUUGAGGAAUGAUCUUUCAACUUUCCUGUCCUCAAAAUUAUUUCUUGUCUCUUUCGAACUUCUCGCCUGUUUUAAUGUUCGAUAAAAAGAAGUCGCAGGAUGGACAAAAAGGGAUGUUUUUAGCCUCCUUGGCCACAGAGCUCAUGUAUCUACCAUUUUCUCUGUUUCUAGGAUUCUUCUGAGUAUUCAUAUAAAUAGUUUCUUCGGAAUAUUCUUACAUAUACAGGAUAUGUGCAUCUUUUCA